UUGGAAGCGAGGCGUCGUUCCGGUUUUCGGCGUUUUUUUCCAACCGAUAAAUCGCUGAAAGGAAUAAUCGGUGGCGGGAUUACGGGUGGUAUCGAAGUUUGUAUUACAUUCCCAACAGAAUAUGUCAAAACACAGUUGCAGUUGGACGAAAGGUCUGCACAUCCGAUCUAUAAGGGUCCUAUUGAUUGUGUGAAGAAGACAGUACAAACUAAGGGUUUCUUUGGACUCUAUCGAGGAUUAUCAAUAUUAAUUUAUGGCUCAAUUCCCAAGUCAGCAUUCAGGUUCGGAACAUUUGAAACACUGAAAGGCUAUGCUGUAGGGCCUGAUGGUAAUCUUGCACCGAUGUGGAGGUUAAUGUGCGGUCUUGGCGCAGGGCUGUCGGAAGCAGUAUUUGCGGUUACACCAAUGGAAACGGUUAAAGUAAAAUUUAUACACGAUCAGCAGUUGGAAAAGCCGAAGUUUAAAGGUUUCCUGCACGGCCUCAGGACAAUCGUCCGAACGGAAGGCUUCAAGGGUUUAUAUCAGGGUGUGACAGCAACGAUGGCAAAACAGGGCUCGAACCAGGCCAUCCGAUUUUUUGUUAUGGAAACUUUAAAAGACUGGUAUCGGGGAGGUGACAGCAGCAAAUCGGUCAGUAAGCCUGCUACAGCAGCUUUUGGUGCUAUUGCCGGCGCCUGCUCUGUCUACGGGAACACUCCGAUUGAUGUUGUGAAAACACGAAUGCAGGGACUGGAAGCUAAAAAAUACAGAAAUACUAUAGAUUGCGCUGUGAAAAUCAUGAAAUACGAAGGCUUUUUCGCAUUUUACAAGGGUACAGUGCCGCGGUUAUGUCGUGUUUGCUUGGAUGUCGCCAUAACAUUCACCCUGUACGAUUCGAUUAUGGAAUAUUUCAAUAAAAUUUGGAAAUCCUGAAA